UUAUAAGUACAAUGGAUGGUGCGGAUAUACCGUAUUGCCAGCGGGAUCGAAACUGCUGAUACACAAUGUUCCGCGUUCCGUUAUCGGGAUUGCUUGAACUUUGGGCCGAGCGCUUCCCCCUUCUUUCCCCUCUUUCUGAUAACGGUCGAGUGUCUGGUCUAAACAGUUUCGGUGAGCGACGUAGCGAAGCGUCGAAAACUACAACGAUAUGGCCGAUCCCAUCUUGUCGAAAAUGGAAGCCUUGGCCGAUCGGAUACUACCCCAAACACGAAGUAUGAACUCUCCCCAUAAAGACCAGCCAGAUCCGGACGCAAUCAAAAUGUUUGUGGGUCAGAUACCUAGGGCAUGGGACGAGAACGACCUAAAGAAAAUGUUUGAGGAAUUCGGUCCUGUCUAUCAGAUCAAUGUUCUAAGGGAUAAGAUGACUGGACAGAGUCGAGGUUGUUGUUUCGUCACCUUCUUCACCCGUAAAGCUGCCUUGGAAGCUCAGAAUGCCCUCCACAAUAUCAAAACUCUGUCUGGCAUGCAUCAUCCCAUACAGAUGAAACCAGCAGACAGUGAAAACCGAAAUGAAAGAAAGUUAUUUAUUGGAAUGCUAUCAAAAAAAUGCAAUGAAAAUGAUGUUCGGAUUAUGUUUGCUCCCUUUGGAACAAUAGAAGAAUGUACAGUGUUAAGGGAUGCCAGUGGCCAAAGUAAAGGUUGUGCUUUUGUAACUUAUGCAUCUCGUCAAUGUGCAAUCAAUGCUAUUAAAGCAAUGAAUCAUUCUCAAACUAUGGAGGGUUGUAGUAGUCCUUUAGUUGUAAAGUUUGCUGACACUCAAAAAGAAAAAGACCAAAAGAGACAGCAGCAGAUGAUGGCUAAUUUAUGGAAUAUGGCAAAUUUUGCUAAUUUGGGGGCUCUUACACCACAAUAUUUAGCAAUGCAUCAUCCCAUACAGAUGAAACCAGCAGACAGUGAAAACCGAAAUGAAAGAAAGUUAUUUAUUGGAAUGCUAUCAAAAAAAUGCAAUGAAAAUGAUGUUCGGAUUAUGUUUGCUCCCUUUGGAACAAUAGAAGAAUGUACAGUGUUAAGGGAUGCCAGUGGCCAAAGUAAAGGUUGUGCUUUUGUAACUUAUGCAUCUCGUCAAUGUGCAAUCAAUGCUAUUAAAGCAAUGAAUCAUUCUCAAACUAUGGAGGGUUGUAGUAGUCCUUUAGUUGUAAAGUUUGCUGACACUCAAAAAGAAAAAGACCAAAAGAGACAGCAGCAGAUGAUGGCUAAUUUAUGGAAUAUGGCAAAUUUUGCUAAUUUGGGGGCUCUUACACCACAAUAUUUAGCAUUACUUCAGCAGGCUUCUCAGGCAGGUGCAUUUGGUGGUUUUGCUAAUUUGCAACAAAUAGCCGGAAAUGUAGGUUCUUUAUCUGUUCAACAACAAUUAGCAGCUUUAGCAGCUGCUCAAGCUGGUGCUGGUAACACAAAUACAGGGUUAAACUCUCUGGGUCUUCAAAGCCUUACAGGACAGAAUGUCACAACAGGCUUAACAUUGUCAAAUUCUGGAAAUAGUUCAGGCAACACAUCUAGUGCCAGUUCUUCACUCAGCGGUGUAAAUUCUAUGAGUCCUGUUUCUAGUAUGGCUUUAGGCAUGAGCACAAAUUCUCUAUCAACAAUGGGUACACUUACAGGUGUUAAUGGGUUAGGUAGUACAGCAGGUAUUGCAGCAAAUGGUCCCAACUUAGAUGCAUUAACUCAAGCAUACUCAGGGAUACAGCAGUAUUCUGCAUUACCUGGAGCUUUUGCCCAAGUUGGUCUCCAGCAGACCCAAAAUCCAGCUGGUAAACAAAUAGAAGGACCGGAAGGUGCCAAUCUGUUUAUUUAUCACUUGCCUCAAGAAUUCACAGAUAAUGAUCUAGCUCAGACAUUUGUGCCAUUUGGUAAUGUGAUUUCUGCCAAAGUUUUUAUUGAUAAACAAACAAAUUUAAGUAAAUGCUUUGGUUUUGUUAGUUAUGAUAACCCAGUCAGUGCACAGGCAGCGAUACAAGCAAUGAAUGGGUUCCAAAUAGGCAUGAAGCGCCUUAAGGUGCAAUUAAAACGUUCCAAAGAAGCCAGUAAACCUUAUUAAGGGUGUCCACUAUAGCUGAUCCCCAUGCCUGCACACCUGAUGGUAGGUAUUAUAAUAAUGAAGUAAGCUAAUUUAAUUCAUUUUUUUAUUUUUACAGCUAUUUGAAUAAGAAAAUGCAACAUUGAGAUU